AUGCCAGCCGUCACACUCGACCAGAAUCCCUCGCACGAUCUCCCUCACACGUCCAAGUCGGCACAACACGACACAGUCAAGACCGCAUCAGCCCUGAAACUGGCCUUUUCCAUAGCGGCCACAAUACAACCCACUUUGGCCACGAGCACAUUACAUGACACUAGUAGGAAUCUGAAGAACGAGAUUGACUUUCCUGCCGCAGACAGACAGAAGGCAAUCUCCUUCAUGGACUGCUUUCAUCACCCCACAAGAGUCAUCCCUGACCUGCUCAGAGCAUUUCUCAACCGGGUGCCCUUGCCCCAGAACAGAAAGCCAAAACAUGCAGUAACAUCACCAGAAGGAGGCUUCGGUGAAAAGGAGAAAAUGGCCGUAACAUUGCUGAGACAGCGGCGAGUCCAUAGAGACAACCAAGCCCUCCAGACGGCCAUAAGAGAAGCCCUGGCUCUCAUCGGCUAUGUUGACCCAGUCAAAGGUCGUGGUAUCAAGGUCCUCUCCAUUGAUGGCGGAGGUACAAGAGGCCUGGUGCCCCUGCAGGUGCUCAAGCUGCUGGAAGCACAGACAGGAAAAAAGAUUCAUCAGCUGUUUGACUACAUUUGUGGCGUCAGCACAGGGGCUGUGUUAGCCUUCAUGCUCGGCUUGGCCCAUUUUUCCCUGGAAGAGUGUGCGGACAUGUAUCGGCGUUUUGGUUCUGAAGUUUUCCGACAAAACCGCUUGGUUGGCACAGUGAAAAUGGGUUGGAGUCACUCUUACUAUAACACAGAGACAUGGGAAACCAUACUAAGAGAGAAGCUUGGUGAUCGAGUGCUCAUCAAAACAGCCAGAAAUGAGUCAAGUCCCAAGGUUUCAGCUGUCAGCGCUGUGGUCAAUUGGGGCAACAGUCCAAAGGCCUUCAUCUUCUGCAAUUACAACCACAAACCGGGAUCUCUGAGCCGCUACGCAGGUGGCUCCAGCUACCCCAUGUGGCAGGCGGUGCGAGCGUCUUCGGCCGCUCCGGGAUACUUCCAGGAAUUCCCGUUACAAAGCGACAUCCACCAGGACGGAGGGAUUAUCAUGAACAACCCCUGCGCCUUAGCUGUGCAUGAAAGCAGACUCUUGUGGCCCAACCACGCAUUCCAGUGCGUGCUGUCCCUUGGCACCGGUCGCUAUGACAAUGCUAAGAGAGGCCCUGCCAACUCCACAAGCCUGAGAGCCAAAAUAAGCAACCUGAUCAGUAGUGCCACCGACACCGAAGGGGUCCACACACUUUUGGAUGACCUGCUCCCCCCCGAUGUCUACUUCCGCUUCAACCCCAUGCUGAGUGCUGAGGUGUCCCUCGACGAGAGCCGCCCGGGGGCUCUGGACCAGCUGGAGACAGACACGCGGGUUUACCUGGAACGAAACCGCCUCAAACUGGCUCGACUCUGUUUAGUACUCGGGGCAGAGCGUUCGGCUCUUAGCAAAACCAAGGACUGGAUCUGUGGAAGGGCCUGGGAGAUGAAGCACCAAUGGGUCUAGAUAGAACUGCUGGAAUUAAGAAAAAUAGCCCUGCAUAGUCUGUCUUUUGUGGGGAUAAUUCUUAUUAUUUAUUUAAUCGUACAUAUAUAAUGCUCAUUUUUGAGGCUAUACUGCAUACAACAUGUCUAAAA